UAUAUUAAUUUUGUAUAGUUAUCAUUUAACCUCGUUUUGCGUGUUGGAUGCGGGGUUGUGUUUUUGCGGUAUGAAUAAGUUGUCAUUCAGUGUGGGAGGAUCCUUUGGGCAGGAUGUGAAAUAUAAUCAGGAAGGAGUUUCUGCUGUGGUCAAAGUGCAGCCAAAUAGGCCUAACUUAAAGUGAGACAGUUUGCCUACUCAAUCUAAAAGAACGCAGACAAUUCAAAUAGUAGUUCGAAGAGUUUGAAGAGCAUGGACUUGACAGUUGAGAAUCACUCUAUUCCUCUGAGUGACGGAAACAGCAUACCACUAAUUGGACUGGGAACAUAUGGGGAUCCACGCACGACUCGUAAAGGACUAACUUAUGAGUCCGUCAAAGUGGCAAUUGAAAAAGGGUACAGACACCUUGAUGGGGCGUUGGUCUAUUUCAAUGAGCACGAGGUGGGACAAGCAAUAAGGGACACAAUUGCAGAUGGGACUGUGAAGAGAGACGACAUCUUCUACUGCGGGAAGCUGUGGAACACAUUCCAUCCCCCAGAAUUGGUUCGACCUGCUUUGGAGAAAACUUUGAAGACAUUAAAGCUGGAUUAUGUCGACCUCUACAUCAUAGAAAUGCCCACAGCCUUCAAGCCAGGAGAUACAUUUUACCCCAAAGAUGAGAAUGGGAAGCUCAUUUAUCAUGAGACAGAUCUCUGUGCAACAUGGGAGGCUUUGGAGGCUUGCAAAGAGGCUGGGCUGGUAAAGUCUCUUGGAGUGUCCAACUUCAACAGGAGACAACUGGAGUUGAUCCUGAACAAACCUGGGCUGAAACACAAGCCUGUGUCGAACCAGGUUGAAUGCCAUCCCUAUUUCACUCAGCCAAAGUUGCUUGACUACUGCAAGCAGAAGGAUAUUGUCAUUGUGGGAUACAGCCCUCUGGGGACAUCUAGAGAUGCAUCAUGGGUAAACCUCAAAUGCCCCCCAUUGCUGGAGGACGAGCUACUGGUAUCAAUCGCUAAAAAGUACAACAAGACCACAGCCCAGGUGGCGUUGAGGUUCAAUGUUCAGCGAGGAGUAGUGGUCAUCCCAAAGAGCUUCGACCCUUCUCGCAUCGCUGAAAACUUUCAGAUCUUCGACUUCUCUCUCACUGAUGCCGAGAUGAAGGCAGUUGAGGGAUUGAACAAGAAGAUUCGUUUUGUGGAGCUUCUCAUGUGGUCCGAUCACCCAGAGUAUCCGUUCCACGAUGACUACUAGAUACCAAUGAUGCCAAGACUUCAUUUCAACAAACAACUACCUUUGUUUGUUUUGUUGCAUGCUUUUACAUGUUUGGCCGUUUUUACUUGGGAAAAAAACAACAGUAGCCUUUUUAUGCUGCAGUUAAUGAACCAUGUAUUUAUUUAACGAUAUCAUAUCAGUUUGUAUUAUCAUUUCAAUGAUUUAAAGACAAAUAGUAAACGCAACCUUGAUUAUUUUACUUGAGACGGGAGUAUAGCUCCUGCUGAUUGUAAGCUGUCAUUGUUUUAUCCUUAUAAUACAUCCAUUUAUGAAUGUGAUAUUUUAGAUCGAAAAAUAAAUAACUUGGAUCAUGUUCA